ACUUGCUAUACCGUCACAAUGGAUCUUUAUUAUUCAACUUAUUCCGCUUCGACUGGUGCCCUCCUUUCACUUGGCAAGGCUCUUGGUCUGGAAUUCAAUAAAAUUGAGGUCAGCGUCGCCGCGAAGGAGCAUCUAAAGCCCGAGUUUGUGAAAAUCAAUCCUCAGCACACUAUACCUACGAUCGUCGACAACGGAUACGUUUUGUGGGAAUCACGUGCCAUUCUCACCUAUCUGAUUGAGCAGUAUGGAAAGGACGAUUCUCUUUACCCCAAGGACCCUAAGAAACGAGGUGUUAUAAAUCAACGCCUCUACUUUGACGUGGCGACGCUUUACCCGGCUCUUUCAGAUUAUUACCACCCACAGUUCUACAAGAAGCCUCUUGAUCCUGAGCUAUUCAAGAAGGUAGAAGAGGUCCUAAAUUUCCUUGAAAGCUUUUUGGAUGGCAAAAAGUACCUGGCUGGUGAUUCUCUCACCGUUGCUGACAUUUCCAUCUUCUCCACCAUUGCUUCAUUCCAAGCUAUUGGUCUGGACAUUGGCAAAUACAAAAAUAUUGCGAGGUGGUUCGAGAAUGGCAGAAAAGUCGCUCCCGGAUGGGAUGAGGUCGAGAAGAGUGCAGCUGCUUUAAAGGCUAUACUGAAAUCUUUGCAGUAGAAAUCAAUCUAUUGCAUAGAAAUCAAUCUAUUGUCUUUUUUAUAGCUUGAAAGCUUUCAGUUUACCAAACAAUUACAGUAAAUCAAAUACUAUUAACAUACAUAUGUAUGUACAUGGUGUGAGAAUGGCAGAUGCAUCUAUCCGGAAUA